AUGAUGAUAAAGAUAAACCCCCGGUUCCGGUUCUUUACCCUGGAUACGGGCAGGCUGCCGCAGGAGACCUAUGACGUCAUGGAUGCGGUAAGGAAGAGGUACGGCAUCAACCUAGAGGUGAUGUUUCCCGACACGGACGAGGUCGAGGAGAUGGUCCGCAAGAAGGGGCUGAACCUGUUCUAUGAGAGCGUGGAGAACAGAAGGCUCUGCUGCGGCAUCCGCAAGGUGCACCCCAUAAACAGGAUGCUUGGAACGCUGGACGGGUGGAUCACCGGACUGCGGCAGGACCAGACCGAGACCAGGAGGGACGCCAAGAUCUUCGAGGUGGACACCCAGCACAGCAACAUACUGAAGAUAAACCCGCUGGUGGACUGGACCUGGGACCGGCUGUGGGGGUACAUAAGGGCAAACGACGUUCCCUACAACAAGCUGCUGGAUGCCGGGUACCCCAGCAUAGGGUGCGCCCCCUGCACCAGGGCCGUGGAGGCCGGCCAGGAUGCCAGGUCAGGCAGGUGGUGGUGGGAGCACGACACACAUAAGGAGUGCGGCCUGCACAUGGACUACAAGAAGUGA